AUGCCACACGGCCUCUCAACAGCCAAGUACACCGAGUCGAGUGUGUGGACCCAAGGCGACUUUGAAGUGAUCACGUCCGACAGUGUGCGCUACCUGAUCCCCUCAUACCAUCUCUUUGGGGCGAGUAAGCUGUUCCGCGACGCCCAGACCUUCGAGUCCCCGCCCUCCUGGCCAUUCAAGUACUCUGUCACGCUCCCCGAUGCUGAGAUCGAGACGUCGGCCAUCUUCGACCUCUUCCUGGACCUCAUCGUAAACAUACCACUCCAAGGACUCUUAUCUCCAACCAAGGCACUCACUUUCCCAGACUGGUUAUGUAUCAAUAACCUCAUCAAGUUCCUGCACAAGUGGGAGGUAUCCCAGCCAUACUGCAAAGUCCUCCGCCAUAACAUUAACCAAGAACUAGCCAACUCCGACACGGCGCUCCAGUACUUUACCAUCGGGGCGAUUGCCAACGACGCGGAUAUCUGUCGCGCAGUAUUGCAGCAUCAUUCCGACAACAAGUUGGCCGCGUUCAAUCCUUACCGUUUUCAAUAUUUCAUGUGGAAAGCCUGUCCCGCGCCAUACCUUGGUGCGCUUACUCGUGCAUGGUCUGAGGCGCAGAGUAACCAGUCCUACAAUUUCAUUUCCCGGUUCAACUUGCACCUCACGGACAAUACGUUUAGCGAGGCUCAGCUCAGACACCGCGUCUCAAGCUCCAACCGGGGCUUCAUGGGGGAGUAG